CUUUAAGAUUGAUGUCAAAGGCAUGAUUUUCACCCUACUUCACCGACAUAACACGACAAAAACACAUAAGUUUUUCUCUUCCUUUUGGAUUCCUAUUUUAUAUCACAAUGCAGCAAGCUUUAGAACUAGCUUUGGAUCGUGCAGAGUAUGUCAUUGAAAGUGCCCGACAGAAACCUCCUAAAAGGAAAUACCUAUCUAGUGGAAGAAAAUCUGUAUUUCAAAAACUCUAUGACUUAUAUAUUGAAGAAUGUGAAAAAGAGCCCGAGGUUAAGCAGAAAUUAAGAAGAAAUGUGAACUUGUUAGAGAAGCUUGUUAUGCAAGAGACAUUGUCAUGCCUAGUGGUCAACCUAUAUCCAGGAAACGAGGGAUAUUCUCUGAUGCUCAGGGGAAAAAAUGGAUCAGAUUCUGAGACCAUUCGAUUGCCUUAUGAAGAAGGGGAAUUGCUUGAAUACUUGGAUGCAGAAGAAUUACCUCCUAUUUUGGUUGAUCUCCUGGAAAAAUCUCAGGUUAAUAUAUUUCAUUGUGGAUGUGUCAUAGCAGAAAUACGUGACUACAGGCAGUCCAGCAAUAUGAAAUCUCCUGGUUACCAAAGUAGGCAUAUUCUUCUACGACCAACAAUGCAGACUUUAAUCUGUGAUGUGCAUUCAAUAACAAGUGAUAACCAUAAAUGGACCCAGGAAGAUAAACUUUUACUUGAGAGCCAACUGAUCUUAGCUACAGCUGAACCACUGUGUCUUGACCCUUCAGUAGCAGUAGCCUGCACUGCCAACAGACUGCUCUAUAACAAGCAGAAAAUGAACACUCGCCCACUGAAACGGUGUUUCAAGAGAUAUUCUAGGUCCUCUCUGAAUCGGCAGCAAGAUCUGUCUCAUUGUGCACCUCCUCCUCAGCUGAAAUUACUUGAUUUCUUACAAAAAAGAAAAGAGAGGAAAGCCGGUCAGCAUUAUGACCUCAAAAUCUCUAAAGCAGGAAAUUGCGUAGAUAUGUGGAAACAGAAUCCCAAUAAUUUGAGCAUACCUUCUGAAGUAGAUGUAGAUAAAUAUGCUAAAGUAGAAACAUGUAUCAAAACUGACGACUCACAACCGAUAGUAUGGCCCGCCCAGGAGGUUAAAGAUGACUAUGUAUUUGAAUGUGAAGCUGGUAAUCAGUAUCAGAAAACAAAGUUGACCAUUAUACAGUCAGUUGGUGAUCCACUUUACUAUGGUAAAAUACAGCCAUGUAAAGAUAAUGAUGACAAUGAUAGCCAGAUGUCUCCAUCCCAUUCCUCCACAGAUGAUCGUUCAAACUGGUUCAUCAUUGGAUCAAAGACAGAUGCUCAGAGGGUGGUAAACCAGUACCAGGAAUUGGUCCAGAAUGAAGCCAAAUGUCCCAUCAAGAUGUCACACAGCUCCAGCGGCUCAGCCAGUCUGAGUCAGCAUUCUCCAGGGAAAGAAUCAGAAUCUGAGACUGCGUCCGUUCAGUCUUCAGUGUUGGGUAAGGGUGUUAAGCAUCGGCCUCCACCCAUCAAGCUUCCCUCAAGCUCAGGAACUAGUUCCUCAGGUAACUAUUUUACUCCACAACAAGCAAGCAGCUUUCUUAAAUCUCCAACUCCUCCCCCUUCUUCUAAGCCACCAUCUCUGUCUCGGAAGUCAUCUGUGGAUCUCAGUCAAGUUAGCAUGCUUUCUCCCGCGGCCUUGUCACCUGCUAGCUCGUCACAAAGAUCUGGAACUCCUAAGCCAUCUACUCCUACACCAACCCCUUCAUCGACCCCACACCCUCCUGAUGCUCAGAGCUCAACUCCUAUCACCCCUUCUGCCACCCCUACUCCCAAAGAUUCAGGCUUCACCCCUCAGCCCACUUUGUUAACUCAGUUUGCUCAGCAGCAAAGGUCUCUGAGCCAGGCAAUGCCUGUAACGACCAUUCCUCUUUCCACCAUGGUAACGUCUAUAACGACAGGAACCACGGCCACCCAAGUCAUGGCUAACUCUGCUGGACUUAAUUUCAUCAAUGUAGUUGGCCCUGUUUGUGGAGCCCAGACUUUGAUGAGUGGUUCAAACCCCAUGCUGGGCUGUAACACUGGUGCCAUAGCUCCUGCAGGAAUAAAUCUAAGUGGCCUUCUUCCCUCAGGAGGUCUGCUACCAAAUGCAUUGCCAGGUGCACUGCCAGCUUCUCAAGCAGGUGUUCCAUUUGGCUUAAAAAAUUCUACAAACCUCAGGCCCUUAAAUCUACUCCAGCUUCCUGGUGGCUCACUCAUCUUUAACACUCUGCAGCAACAGCAGCAGCAGCAACAGCUCUCUCAGUUUACACCACAACCACCACCUCAGCAGCCCACACCUUCUAGUCCUCACCAACCUGGGGAACAGGGUUCUGAACCAGGUUCAGCCAGUCAAGAACAGGCCUUAUCUGCUCAACAGGCAGCUGUUAUCAACCUGACUGGAGUAGGGAGUUUUAUGCAGUCCCAGGCAGCUGUGUUGUCUCAGCUUGGCUCUGCCGAGGACAGACCUGAGCAAAGCCUCCCUCAGCAGAGAUUCCAGCUCUCCUCUGCCUUUCACCAGCAGCAGCAGCAGAUACAACAGUUGCGAUUCUUGCAGCAUCAAAUGGCUAUGGCGGCGGCACAGACGGCUCAGCUCCAUCAACAUCGGCAUACCGGCAGCCCGUCAGAAAGUAAAAUGAAGAGAGGCACUCCAACCACUCCAAAAUUCUGAGUCUCGCAUUAUUUAUUUUUUUCUCCUCUUUGAAAAGAGCAUUGAAUCAAAAGUAUUUUGAGUUUUUAUGUCAUUUUGAUUUGGGGGUUUGUUUUUUUUUAACAUGUCGGUAUUUUACAUUGCUAGAUGUACAAACUUUAUAUAGAAGCACAACCCUAUGAUUUUUAAAUAAACAGGGAAAUGGUUUAAUGAA